CGUCCCCCACGUGGCCGAGCGAUCCUGGGCUAUGUGGCUGAGAGGGUCCGGGGCUCUUGUCUCCCUGCUUGCCGCAGCUCGCUUUACCCUGCGGAGAUUCACCUUUGCGGGGUUCUCGGGCAGCCCCCACGGCUGCAGGUUGAUAAUGGCAAGCGGUGGGUGCGAGGCUCCCGAACUGAAGGACAGAGACCUCAGCUACCCGGAGGAGCCGCAGGAACUGCAGCUUCAGGGCGGCGCCAAGUCCUACGGAGAGCAGCAGCCCCCGGCCCGGGAGAAGGAGCAGGCGCUAAUUCCGGCCUCGGUCCCAACCUCGGGCAGGCGGAAGAAACGGCGGGGCCAGAUCGGGGAGCGCUUCGUGCCGCCACCGAAGAAGCGGCGGGCCGGGGUCAGUUUCAGCGACCAGCACUUUGCCGAGACCAGCUAUUACUUCGAGGGCGGGCUGCGCAAGGUGCGGCCUUACUACUUCGACUUCCAGACGUACUGCAAGGGCCGCUGGGUGGGCCGCAGCUUGCUCCAUGUCUACAGUACCGAGUUUCGCGCCCACCCCCUCUCCUAUUACGAGGCAGCCGCCAGGGCUGGCCGCCUGCGCCUCAACGAGCAUCCAGUGCGAGACCUCAGCGUUAUUCUUAAGGACAAUGACUUCCUGCAGAACACCGUCCACCGGCAUGAGCCCCCUGUGACAGCAGAGCCCAUCCGCCUGCUAGCUGAGGACGAUGAAGUCGUGGUGGUGGACAAGCCCUCCUCCAUGCCCGUUCACCCUUGUGGUCGCUUCCGCCACAACACUGUCAUCUUCGUCCUGGGCAAGGAGCACCGGCUUAAGGAGCUGCAUCCACUGCAUAGGCUGGACCGCCUCACCUCCGGGGUGCUUAUGUUUGCCAAGACGGCCACCGUCUCUGAGCGUAUCCAUGAGCAAGUUAGAGAUCGGCAGCUGGAGAAAGAAUAUGUAUGCCGGGUGGAAGGAGAGUUCCCUGCUGAAGAAGUCACCUGCAAGGAGCCCAUCUUGGUGGUGUCCUACAAGGUGGGGCUGUGCCGUGUGGACCCCCGGGGCAAGCCCUGUGAAACUGUAUUCCAGAGGCUGAGUUACAGUGGUCACUCUAGCGUGGUCCGGUGCCGGCCUCUUACUGGCCGUACCCACCAAAUCCGGGUACACUUGCAGUUCCUGGGCCACCCUAUCGUUAACGACCCCAUCUAUAACACAGCAGCUUGGGGCCCAGCCCGGGGCCGAGGUGGUCACAUCCCUAAGACAGAUGAUGAGCUGCUACGGGACCUGUUGGAGGAACACCGGGCCAAACAAAGCCUGGAUGUUCUGGAUCUCUUUGAAGGAGACCUACCCCCGGGUCUUAAACCUCCCUCAGACCUGGACACAACCGAGCUGCCCCCUGGGGAGGCAGCUGGGUCAGGGCUGAAGAAUAAAGAGAUGGACCCUCUCUGUGAGGAAUGCCGUUUGGUGAGACAGGACCCCUUGCCUCAGGAGCUGGUGAUGUACCUUCAUGCCCUGCGCUAUAAAGGACCUGGCUUUGAGUACUCUUCACCCAUGCCUGCCUGGGCACAAGAUGACUGGAAGGAAGACUGAGGAGUGUGUUCCUGGAUUGCCUUCUGCAUUGGAGGCAGGCCACCAUCCCUUACAGAGCUGCUAUGGCUAGCCUUUCUUAAUGAGGGAAAGUGGAUGUUCUCUGUUGGCACUCAGGAGUCUUGGGCUUUGAAAAAGUUUGCUCUUUUUCAGAGCAAAGGGGAAAUUAUAUACCUCAUUUGCCAUCCUACCUCCAGCCAGAAUUUUGGCAUCUCUUAAUUCUAAAAGUGUUCCUUCCCAGUGUCUCUCCUUUGGGGGUUGUUUUCUGAGCUUUCAGGUGCUGCUGCUUGUUCCCAUACCCUGUGGCUGUGCCUGGAUCCCUUCAGCCUUCCUUGCUAUGCAAGCAGAAUUUUUCUCCCUCCUGCAGAAAGUUUUUGUCCCUUCCACUAUGGUAAGGUUCCUGUUCCUCUAGGUAUAUGUAGUAUACCACUUAGGUUUGUGAAAUGCUAUUUUAGUCAGGUAGGAAAUAUUUUUGAAAUGAAUUUUUCUUUUUACAUCAUGAUCCUUUCCCAGUUGUGUGUCCAUCUGUUCCCCUACCCCAACAACAAAAAAAAAACCCUGUUAAGCAUAACUGCAAAUGACAGAUUAUAUAACAGUUCCUAAGCUCCACAUUCUCCACCAAGGGAGAUGUCCCAACCGCAGUCAUCAGGAACCAACAUUGAUCUUUGUAUUCGGUCCUAGUUCUGUUGUCAUUUACAGUAAUGUACUCAUUGCGUACAUGGUUCUCCUGGUUCUACUUUCUUUGCACUGUUAUCAGUUCACACAGCAGUCCCUACGAGCUCUGAAUUCCUCACCACUCUCUGUAGUUCAGUAAUAUUCCACAGUUCUUCUGUUCCUAAUCAUUAGGCCCCUAUGUUUGUUGCCAGUUUUUUGCUUCUGUAAAUAUUUUGGCUUGGAUGGAACCUAGGUAUGUUCUCAGUAGUGGUAUCGUGUGGUCCAAGGGUCUGUAACCAGGUGACAAAAAAUAGAAGGAUCCAUAGAUUGAGAGUCAAAGGACCCAAGUUCAGAUAUCUGCUGUCUACUCAUGAUCUUGGGCUUGUCACUUAAAUCCCUGCUGGACCUUAGCUUUUUCAUCUGUAAAAUACAAGAGUUGGACUAGACAUGCCCCUAAACUCCCUUCUUAGCUCUCAAUCUAUGCUACUCUGACUUUUCUCACAGAAUCCCAAAUUGAUUUUCAGAAUAGUUAUAACAAUUCACAGCUCCAUCAACAGUGGUAUUGGGACCAUUUCCGAGUUUGCCCCUGUUCUUCCCCCUCCCUCACCCCACUAGUUGGCUUUAAGUAUUGAGUAUUAGUUUAUGUGGGGUAUGAGUCUCUGUGUGUCUUCCCCUCCCAGAUUGAUUUUUUUUUUUUGAGUAAGAGAGGUCAUCCUUUGCCUCAUUUCUUACCUACUCUUAA